AUGCCAGGCUCCUCCAACAAUGCCGUCUAUAACGGCGAUACCAACGGCCCGGUCCAACCCCACCCCUCAAACGGCCCAGCCAACCACAACUUCGCCAUCGGUCGCUUUCUCUCCGACCCAGACCAACAGAGUCCCUUAGGACUCCGCGCGGUUCAAUCUGCAGCGGAAGCCGAAGCAGCUGCAAAAGCUCGCAUGGUGGCCAAGCUGCAUGCUUUUGAGCAGCAAUUCAGCUCCAAUAGCGAACCAAAGGCCAAGUAA